AAAAAAAAAAAAACAGAAAGGUAGCAUACACUGCACAGAGUCCUGGCUUCCCAGCCUCCCUCCCAUUUUGCGCACAAAAUCAAACAUAAAAAUUAGGGUUUCUUUCCUCCAUUUCGAUGGCCUCUCACAACCAUCUCGACGAUGAUGAUGUUUUUGGCGGUGAUUUUCCUGGCAGCCACAACACCGUGCAUUCAGGUAAUAAGAGAAGCUUUGGUGAUCUUGAGGACGAUGAAGAUGAUAUUUUUAGCUCAAAGAAGGGUAAUACAAAAGUAGAAGAAACUGCAAUGAUUUUAUCUCUUCGUGAGAGUCUCGACAAUUGUAAAAGUGCACUCACAACAUGCCAAACUGAGCUUGAAGCUGCAAAAUCUGAAAUUGAGAAGUGGCGUUCAGCAUUUGAGAAUGAGUCUUUCAUACCUGCUGGGGCAUUUCCUGAACCUGAACUAGUGAUCAAUUAUCUUCAGACCCUGAAAUCCUCCGAGGAGUCUUUGAAAGAACAGCUAGAAAAAGCAAAGAAAAAAGAAGCUGCCUUCAUCGUAACGUUUGCUAAACGAGAGCAAGAGAUAGCAGAAUUAAAGUCUGCAGUUCGGGAUUUGAAAGCACAGCUCAAACCACCAUCAAUGCAGGCAAGGAGGUUACUACUGGAUCCAGCGAUCCAUGAGGAAUUUACUCGUUUAAAGAAUUUGGUUGAGGAGAAAGACAAAAAGGUAAAGGAACUGCAGGACAAUAUUGCUGCUGUCAAUUUUACCCCACAAAGCAAGAUGGGGAAGAUGCUUAUGGCAAAAUGUAGGACCCUGCAAGAGGAAAAUGAGGAGAUUGGAAAUCAAGCUGCUGAAGGAAAGAUACAUGAAUUAGCAAUGAAACUUGCCUUGCAGAAAUCUCAAAAUGCAGAACUCAGGAGUCAAUUUGAAGGACUUCACAAACACGUGGAUGGCCUGAUUAAUGACGUGGACAAAUCAAAUGCAAUGGUACUUACAUUGCAAGAGAAGCUAGAAGAAAAGGAUCUCGAACUUAACAGGUUGAAGCUUGAACUCCAGCAGAAAGGCAUUGAAGAGGGCCAAACUGAUUCAGCUCAUAAUGUAGACAGUGAUGAAAUAGUGAAACCUAAACAGGAAACUGAUAUAGACUAGACUUUAAACAAUUUUGGUGGAAUGUCAUCAUUUUUUCCCUUUCA